AAUUAAUUGAUUUACUUUCGAUAAACAGUUAGCUUCAUUUGACCGAACAAGGAGAGGACGGAAACAACACAGAGAGAUUCAAGGAUCUCGACCCAUUCUUUAAUCCCCAUUUUCAGAAAAACAGUGAGAAAAUAGCUAUCAUUAUUUAACCUAAUGAAUGAAUGAAUGAUAACACCGCCAUCAUUACUUUCUCUCACCCUUGACUCAGCCGUUCACAAUCUCUCCGACAUCUCCGAUCUCUCUCCCAUCCCUGAUCACAUCCUCCUCGAUCUCUUCCUUAGAAUAUUGAAAGCAGGAAAACUGACUGAAAAAGUUCUCAAACUGUUUAUAGCAACCGGUAAGGACGAAGUAAUCUCACUUGUUCAGGCAUUGAAUAUUCAACAUAUUCUCACCCCUGUGCUUCCUACCAGAUGUUCUGAGAAAUUCUAAGAUAAAAUUGAAAGUAUAGUUAGAAGUUUGCAUCCAACUCAUCAGUUUUAAAGUAAGGAGACCAAUCUAGACUUUCGGUUUGCGAAAUCAUCUGAACUGUAUCCCUCAAAAGAUGUCUCAAGCAAUUAUCAACGACAACGAAGUUGACAUUGUGAUUGGUGCACUAAACUCUGACCUAACAACUUUCAUGAAUGAAUGGAAGCCAGUUUUCUCUCGUUUCCACCUGAUAAUAGUCAAAGACCCUGACCUCAAUGGAGAACUCCGAAUUCCUGAUGGAUUUAGUGUAGAUGUCUAUACAAAAUCUGAAAUU